CAGUAAGACUGGUUUCUGUGGGUCUGUGAAGCCUCUCAGAUGUAAAUGCUGCAGCUCUGUAAGACCAGGGCGGAGGGAUGUUCUUAACGUUGGUUGAGUUCCACUGAAGAUGAGGAUGAAGUUUGUUUCGGGCCUGAUGUGAACCGCUCACAAAGUGUUUCUGGAUCUGAAACAAACCGAAAUAGAAAACAAAGCCGGUGGGACUAAACCCUGGAUGGAAACAAACAAACAUGAGGGUUUCCACCAGUCACCUGCAGCAGCUCGCCAUCUUCACCACUGUGCUGACGGGCGGGGGGGUCGGCAUCAUGUACUACCUGAUGCAGAAGAAAUUCUCUGCGUCAGACUACCACAGACUGGCUUUGCAGAAGUUGGAAGCAUGUCCAGCUGCCAUGGAAACCAUUGGGGCCCCUCCCUUAAAAGUCCACAAUAUCCACCUGAUUGACAGACACAACCGUGUAGAUCAGAACACUGCACAGAUGAAGAUUCCCGUGACUGGGUCAAAAACCGGAGGUUAUCUGUAUGUUUUUUCAGUCAGAGACCAUGAUACCAACAGGUGGAGUCUGGAGCAGGCGGUGCUGAAGCUCCGGGAAGGACAGACCAUCAACCUGCUGACUCCUCCAGCUGCUGGAACCCAGACACCAGAGCACACACAGGGGCUGGACACAGGUCACUGGCACUGACCAGCUCCAUGCACUGAUGAGAAUGAUGAAAGAGGAAGUCGUCCCGCUCCGACAGCUGCUGAGUAGAGGUUUAAUCAUCCAGAUGGUGAAAGCUCGGUUCCAGCAUCGUCUAAAUGAGACAGCAGUUACUCAUGACACACAGCUCUGAGUGUCACUGGGCCUCUAACACACUGAUCCGGAUCGUUGUUGUGUUGUGUGACUUUUGAAUAAAUAAUGUGAAACAGA